AUGGGGCAGUGGUCAUCUUCCCUUGUUAUUCUAGUGUAUCGAGCUGCGUUGCAGCUUGGUCCUACAAACCACUCUCUUCGACCCCUCUUUAUCAACAACCUUGCAAUCAGCCUUCAAGACAGAUUCCGGCAGCGGGGCAUCAUGUCUGACCUUGAUGAGGCCAUCGAGCUCCAUCGUGCCGCAUUGCUCCUCCGUCCCCCCGGUCAUUCAGAUCGAUUCAUAUCUCUGAAAAAUCUUGCACUCAGCCUUCAAGACAGAUUCCGGCAGCGGGGCAUUAUGUCCGACCUCGAUGAGGCCAUCGAGCUCAAUCGUGAGGCGUUGCUCCUCCGUCCGCCCGGUCAUUCAGAUCGAUCCAUAUCUCUGAACAAUCUUGCACUCAGCCUUCAAGACAGAUUCCAGCAGCGGGGCAUUAUGUCCGACCUUGAUGAGGCCAUCGAGCUCAAUCGUGCCGAAUUACUCCUCCGUCCGCCCGGUCAUUCAGAACGAUCCAUGUCUCUGAACAAUCUUGCUGCUGGCCUUGCAACCAGAUUCCGGCAGCGGGGCAUCAUGUCUGACCUUGACGAGGCCAUCGAGCUCAACCGUGCCGCAUUGCUCCUCCGUCCCCCCGGUCAUUCAGAUCGAUCCAUGUCUCUGAACAAUCUUGCACUCAGCCUUCAAGACAGAUUCCGGCAGCGGGGCAUCAUGUCCGACCUCGAUGAGGCCAUCGAGCUCCAUCGUGCCGCAUUGCUCCUCCGUCCGCCCGGUCAUUCAGAUCGAUCCAUGUCUCUGUACAAUCUUGCUGCUGGCCUUGCAACCAGAUUCCGGCAGCGGGGCAUCAUGUCUGACCUUGACGAGGCCAUCGAGCUCAACCGUGCCGCAUUGCUCCUCCGUCCCCCCGGUCAUUCAGAUCGAUCCAUGUCUCUGAACAAUCUUGCACUCAGCCUUCAAGACAGAUUCCGGCAGCGGGGCAUCAUGUCCGACCUCGAUGAGGCCAUCGAGCUCCAUCGUGCCGCAUUGCUCCUCCGUCCGCCCGGUCAUUCAGAUCGAUCCAUGUCUCUGUACAAUCUUGCUGCUGGCCUUGCAACCAGAUUCCGGCAGCGGGGCAUCAUGUCUGACCUUGACGAGGCCAUCGAGCUCAACCGUGCCGCAUUGCUCCUCCGUCCCCCCGGUCAUUCAGAUCGAUCCAUGUCUCUGAACAAUCUUGCACUCAGCCUUCAAGACAGAUUCCGGCAGCGGGGCAUCAUGUCCGACCUCGAUGAGGCCAUCGAGCUCCAUCGUGCCGCAUUGCUCCUCCGUCCGCCCGGUCAUUCAGAUCGAUCCAUGUCUCUGUACAAUCUUGCUGCUGGCCUUGCAACCAGAUUCCAGCAGCGGGGCAUCAUGUCUGACCUUGAUGAGGCCAUCGAGCUCAAUCGUGCCGAAUUACUCCUCCGUCCGCCCGGUCAUUCAGAACGAUCCAUGUCUCUGAACAAUCUUGCUGUUGGCCUUGCAACCAGAUUCCAGCAGCGGGGCAUCAUGUCUGACCUUGACGAGGCCAUCGAGCUCCAUCGUGCCGCAUUGCUCCUCCGUCCCCCAGGUCAUUCAGAUCGAUCCAUGUCUCUGUACAAUCUUGCACUCAGCCUUAAAGACAGAUUCCAGCAGCGGGGCAUUAUGUCCGACCUCGAUGAGGCCAUCGAGCUCAAUCGUGAGGCGUUGCUCCUCCGUCCGCCCGGUCAUUCAGAUCGAUCCAUAUCUCUGAACAAUCUUGCACUCAGCCUUCAAGACAGAUUCCGGCAGCGGGGCAUUAUGUCCGACCUCGAUGAGGCCAUCGAGCUCAAUCGUGAGGCGUUGCUCCUCCGUCCGCCCGGUCAUUCAGAUCGAUCCAUAUCUCUGAACAAUCUUGCACUCAGCCUUCAAGACAGAUUCCAGCAGCGGGGCAUUAUGUCCGACCUUGAUGAGGUCAUCGAGCUCCAUCAUGCCGCAUUGCUCCUCCGUCCGCCCGGUCAUUCAGAACGAUCCAUGUCUCUGAACAAUCUUGCUGCUGGCCUUGCAACCAGAUUCCAGCAACGGGGCAUCAUGUCCGACCUUGAUGAGGCCAUCGAGCUCCAUCAUGCCACAUUGCUCCUCCGUCCCCCCGGUCAUUCAGAUCGAUCCAUGUCUCUGAACAAUCUUGCACUCAGCCUUCAAAACAGAUUCCGGCAGCGGGGCAUCAUGUCCGACCUUGAUGAGGCCAUCGAGCUCCAUCGUGCCGCAUUGCUCCUCUUUCCCCCCGGUCAUUCAGAACGAUCCAUGUCUCUGAACAAUCUUGCACUCAGUCUUCAAGACAGAUUCCGGCAGCGGGGCAUCAUGUCUGACCUUGAUGAGGCCAUCGAGCUCCAUCGUGCUGCAUUGCUCCUCCGUCCCCUUGGUCAUUCAGAACGAUCAUCGUCUCUGAACAACCUUGCACUCAGCCUUCAACACAGAUUCCGGCAACAGGGCGUUCAGUCUGACUAUGAUGAAGCAUUUAACUUGUACUCUCAACUCUCCCACCUGUCCCAUGCAGCAUCUCGCACACAUCUUAUUGCUGCCAAGUCAUGGGCGGCCUCCGCCUACCUCCUUAAUCACUCGUCUGUAUUGCUUGCUUAUCAGGUUGCCCUCAAAUUCUUAGACCAGCAAGUCGCUCUCCUGUCGUCUUCUUCUCGUCACUUCGGCGUCAUCAGGGACGCUGUUUCCUCCCUCGCCACAGACGCUUUCUCGUGCAGUGCUCGUCGUGAUGCGCUGACCACUGCGGUGGAACUGGUGGAGCAAGGUCGUGCAGUAUUCUGGACCCAGUUGGCACGCUUCAGCACACCACUCGAUGAACUUUCUGCUUCAGGUGACAUUGGCACGACCUUGGCAGAAGAGUUCAAACGCUUGAGUUUUUGCCUUCGUAAUGCGUUCGAUCAAUCUACUCAAGACCAGUCCCCGCAAAUUCGACAACUGACCAUGCAAUGGGAUGAUGUCGUCACACGCAUUCGCAUGCUCCCUGACUUCUCACGGUUUCUCCUGCCUCCACUAUUUUCUGAUCUCCAGAAGGCGGCUGAAGAUGGUCCAGUGAUCAUUGUCAAUGCUAGUCAGUACGGCUGCGACGCCUUGAUUAUCCACACCGCAGAAGAUCCUGUCCAUGUUCCGCUUGACAUCACACAAACGGAAGUGUCUGAAUUAUCCUCUGAGUUCCAAUCCCUCGCAGAACAGUUUGGUUCUUCUGAUCAUCAACUCAAGCUGGUCGGCAUCCUUCGCAAGCUUUGGAAUGAUGUCGUUGACCCUGUUGUCCAAGCUCUCAGAGAGUCAAAUGUUUGCCCCAGUGGUUCGCGUAUAUGGUGGUGUCCCACUGCGGAGUUCACGUUGCUUCCCCUCCAUGCAGCAGGACCAUACGAGCCAAAGAAAAAAAAUCUGUCUGACAUCUACAUCUCAUCUUACACCCCCACUUUGACGACUCUCAUUCGUGCCAGAAAGCAGCCUGUGGGCUCUCGAGAUGCAUCCUCGCAACAUUUUGUUGCCAUCGGUCAAGGCAACCCAGUGAACGGGAGGGAGCUCAAAUGCGUCGCUCCCGAGCUGGCCGCUGUCGCUCAGCAUGUUACUCCCAUCGUCUCCUUCACAUCUCUCGAGGAUGCCAACGCGACAGUCGAGAAUGCACUCGGUGCACUCGAUCAUAAUCAGUGGCUCCAUCUUGCCUGCCAUGGAAUGCCGAAUCGGAAACAACCGUUCGAGUCUUCCUUCGCCAUGCGCGACGGGCCUUUAAUGAUCAAGGACAUCAUCCGAUCCAACUGGCAGAAUCCGCAGUUCGCAUUCUUAUCCGCCUGUCACACUACGGUUGGCGACGAGAAGAGUCCCGAUGAGUCGAUUCACCUUGCUGCGGCUAUGCAAUUCUGCGGAUUUCGCAGUGUAAUCGGUUCUAUGUGGUCUGUUGACGACGAGGUUGCACGCGAGGUCGUGUCCGCUUUUUACAGCAACCUCAUUGAUGAUUCAAAAAGAUUGGACUGCACACGCGCUGCGGUAGCGCUGCACAAGGCCGUGAAAUCGUUGCGCAAGAAGAAGGUUCCAUUAGAGCAGCAGAUUGUAUUUGUUCACAUAGGUGUGUAGUCAGACUCGAUUCAUUAUGUUAUUCCAUUUGCUGUAUCUCUAGUUUUUUUUGUUCCCUCGCUCUCAUCUUGUUUACUUAUUUCUGCAUGAUACGUAUAUAGUUUGUUGUUCUGUCAAGUACUGUACUUGUGUCUCACCGUGUCCCGUUGAAUCAAUGUGAUUUACUACA